AGCGCUGGGUCGGUCCGAGCCGCGCUAUAAAGGGGAGAGCGGCCCCGGCGCGGCGAGAUUCCGUUUCGCCGCAGCCGCCCGAUGAGCCACCGCCUCCUCACCGCCCUCGCCCUGCCCGCCGGGGCUGCGCUGGCCGCGGCGGCGGCCGGGAGCCAGUUCCUCUGCCAAGCAUCCGAGAUCCCCAAGGGGGAAGAGGACCGUGCAAAGGAGGCAAAGGUGACCAACACCAAGUGGGGGCUGAGUCACAAGCAGAAAAGCCCUGCAAGGAAUGGCAAGCAGUGUGACCUGACCGGCUGGUGGGAGAACGAGCUGGGCUCCAAGAUGCAUGUGGAUGCAGUCGACAGCCAAGGCAACUUCACCGGCGAGUACCACACUGCUGUGUCAAGCGCCCAGAAACCCAUCGAGCCAUCCCCCCUCCUUGGCUCCCAGCACUUGGAUGAGGACGGGCAGUGCACCUUCGGCUUCACCGUCAACUGGAAGUUUUCUGACUCCACAGCUGUCUUCGCGGGCCAGUGCUUUGCUGGGGACGGUGGGGAGGAGGUCCUGCAGUCCAUCUGGCUGCUGCGGGAGAAGGUCGACUCCCUGCCCAGCGACUGGAAAGCCACCAGGACUGGUCACAACAUCUUCACUCGGACGGGCUGAAAGGACGGUGGAGAAGCCUCUCGUUUCAGUUGGGGUUGGGAGACCAGGGGACCCAUCUGCAUGUACCAGCAUCAGGGCUUCGUGAAGAUAGUCUAAAAAGCUAAAUAAAGUUGUUUGCCUUUAAAUCCAA